AUGCGGCGGCUUUGUGCCAUCCUGCCAAUUCUCCUACUAUCCAAUUUUUGGCCAACGGUUGACGGUUUAAAUUAUAAAUGUCACAAUGAUCAGGUCCUAGUAGUCCAGUCAUUCGGAAAUGACACAAUUCGAAUGCAUUGUCAGCGGCUGGAUUUGUGUGGAUAUCAAAAAUUGAAGUGUGAUUAUGAUGAGCUACAACCACAAUGUGGUGGAAAACUCAACUUUGUGGCACAUGUCAACCAAAAGGGAUCUACUGCCCCAGUAGAGCACACCUGCUGUAAUCUGUUUAACCCUCGAUCACAUGGCUCAAUUCCUACGCAUAUAGGAAACGAUUGCUUCAUUUACGAACUCCCCGAUGGAUCGUCAAACGGAAAGAAAGUGGAUCCAGCGCCAGCCGAUGAUGCUCCAUACGCCGUUUUGAAGAACCCAGCCGAGAUACCUGAACAAUUCGACGGUGUUACGGGAUAUCGUCUUCGUCUCUUCCUUCUCAAAAAUAAAUCGCCACCCACGCUUCUCGUCAAAGGAAUCGAACGUCGCCUAGAAGGAUACCGAGUGACCAUCUGUCGGCCGAGAUGUACUUCAUACGAUAAGGUCGUCAACGAUAAUGAGUUCCCAAAUUUUCGAAUUCCCAAGUUUUCGAGCUCCCAAAUGUCAUAUUCCCAUCAUAAAUCCAAUUUCCAGGGAACCCCAGAAAGCGAGUGGAAGGCCAUCUCCUGGAGCUCAUGGAGCUCAUCCUCCUGGUCCACAUGGGCUCGUCACGCAUUCAACAAGGCAGCUGCUGAAAGUGGAGGAUCCGCUGACAGAAUCCGUACCAGAAUGCCAAUUGGAGAGAAGGCUACUGCAGCUGGAGUACCCACCGGAGCAGCUGGAUCUGACAAAAACAAUAUCAACAUUCACGUAGAAUCAAAUGGAAAUAACAACAACUCAUUUGGAGGAAACGGAAGUGGAGAGAAGAAUGGAUCCGGUGAGAAUGGUUUGAAUAGAGAAGGAUCCGGAGCCAAUGGAGGAGCUGGAGCCGAUGGAGCCGGAGCUGGGAGAUCAGGAGCCGGUGCCGGAGCCGAUGGAGCUGCUGGAGCCGGAGCCGGAACUCAUGGAAAUAUCAACAUUACCGUACACACAGAUGGAAAGUCUGGAGGGAACGCCGUGGCUGUUGCCAAUGCCAAUGUUACAGUUAAUGGAGCAAAUGGAAAGGUGGAUACCACUGGUACUGGUGCGUCUGGAAACGGAGCAGCAGGCGGUAACGGAGGAAAUGGAGGUCACGGAGAUUCCGGAGAUUCUAGAGACGCCAAGAAGGACAAGGAUCAUGGAAAGGGCAAAGGCAAGGGAGAUGGAGAUGGAGAUUCAGACGGAGGAGCUGGAAAUGGAUCUGGAAAUGGAUCUGGAAAGGAUAAGGGUGAUGGAAACGGAGAUUCCGAUGGCAACGGUAACGGAUCAGGAGGAUCCGGAGGAUCUGGCGACAAAAAACCAAAACCAGCUGGAGAAUGGGAUGAUGGAGAUGGAGAUGAUGAUGAAUCUGGAAAAGGAACAGGAUCUAAUGAAGCUGGAAAUGGAAAAGGUGGAGAUGGCGAUGGAGAUGGAUCCAAGGGAGCCGGAGGAUCAGGUGGCAAGCCAGAUGGAAACAUCAAGAUCAAUAUUCACUCGCCAGAUGAUAAUGAUCUCCUUGAGAAGGAUGAAAAUGGUCCGGGAGGAAAUGGAAAGGGAGAUGGAGACAAGGAUGGUGGAGCUGGAGGCGCUGGAGGAUCCGAUAAAGACGGCGGAGAUGGAAAUGGAGGAUCCGACAAAGACGGCGGAGCUGGUGGAGAUGGAAAUGGCGAUAAGGAUGGAAAUGGCAACGGAAACGGCAACGGACUCACCGAUGGUGGAGAUGGAAAUGGAGGAUCCAAAAAUGGACCAAGAGACAAUGAUGGAAAUGGCGACGGGAACAAAGAAACCGGAGCUGGUGGAAAUGGAAAUGGCGAUGAAAAUGGAAACGGAGCUGGAGCUGGUGGAAAUGGAAACGGAGACGGAAAUGGAGGAUCCAAUCGACCAAAUGGAAAUGGUGCUGGAGGAGACGGAAACGGAACCGAAGCUCGUGAGGGCGGAGAUGGAAAUGGAGGAUCCAAUGGAGGAUCAAAUGGAUCAGGAGACAAGGGAGCCGGCGCUGGUGGAAAAGGAAAAGGAGAUGGAUCUGUAGGCGAUAAGUAUGACAAAGGAUCUGGUGGCGCUGGAGGAGAUAAGGAUGGAAAAGGAGCUGGUGGAUCUGGAGCCGACAAGGAUGGAAAUGGCGGAAACGGAAAAAGCAAUAAGGGAGACAAAGAUGGAAAUGGCAAAGGAUCUGACAAGGACAAAAACGGAAAAGACGGAGCUGGAAAGGCCGGAAAUGGAGACAAGGAUGGUAAAGGAGGCAAAAAAGAUGACUCUGGAAAGGACGGAGCCGGAUCUGGAAAAGAUAAAGAUGCUGGAAAAGGAAAGGGAGCAGGAGACAAGGAUAAGAAGGGAGGAGCUGGUGCUGGAGGCAAAGGAGCUGGAGGUGCCGGAGCUGGAGGAAAAGGAGCCGGAGCUGGAGCUGCUGCAGCCGGAAAGGGCACUGGCGGAGGUGAUGACGAUGAUGAUGUGGAUGUUACUGACGUCGAGGUAGGAACCAAGCCACUGACUGGAAACACGCUCAAGGAGCUUCUCGCAAAACUUCCGAAUGAGACGGCGGAUAAGGAUUUGGGCAACGGCGAUGAACUCACCAACGCUAGCUUGAACCGUAACCAGCAUGCCGAAGGCAGCACUGGAACAGCACCUGGAACAUCUGCAGCAGCCGCAAGUGCUCCAGAUACGACUGGAGGAACUGGAGGAACUGGAACUACCGCAAAUGCCGUGGGACAACCGGAUCAGGAGCAACGUCAUCUGGAACCACAGAGAGCGGAUCGACUGGAUCCACAGGAGGCUCCGGAUCCACAGGAGGCUCCGGAUCCACAGGAAGCGGAUCCACAGGCACGGGAGCUUCUGCCGCACAGCUCAAAGAUCAGCACUGCUGCUGCUGCCGAUGCUGUCGCUGCUGAUGCUGCUGGAGGUGGAGGUGCUGGCGGAGGUGGAAGAUCCAAUUGCUUCUCAGCCGACAGUCUUGUAACUACAGUAACCGGACAAAAGAGAAUGGAUGAAUUGCAAAUUGGAGAUUACGUUCUAGUUCCAUCAGCUGGAAACGUGCUGAAAUACGAGCGAGUGGAGAUGUUCUAUCAUAGAGAGCCGAAGACCCGAACGAAUUUCGUUGUGAUUUUCACAAAGAGCGGAAAGAAAUUGUCAUUGACUGGACGACAUUUGUUGCCUGUGGCUGAGUGUAGUCAGGUUGAGAAGUAUACAAUGAAUCCAGAUGGAAUUGAUGCGGCUAUGAGGGAAUCGAAAUAUGCGGAGAAGGCAAAGAAGGGAGAGUGUGUGCUGUCGAUUGAUGCUUCUGGAGAUGUCAUCGCUGAUGAGAUUGUUAGGAUCGGCCGAAUGACCAGCACCGGAAUCUAUUCUCCAAUGACCGUUGAAGGAAGUUUGAUCGUUGAUGGAGUACUGUCAUCCUGCUUCUCUCAUCUGGAAUCUCAUUCAGCUCAUAAGCUGAUCUUCGACUUCCUCUACUACGUAUACCACGCGUUUGGUCUUCUGAAUACCAACCACGUGGAACUUCAACCCAUCCCAACAUUCGUCAGUUUUGCUCAAUAUCUCUCAAAAACCGUGUUGCCAUUCUCAUAA